AGAUGUAUAAAACCGAAACACUUACACCUGCGACAAACCCCCAGAAAGAGCAGGAGAACGCUCCGGCAUUUGUGCCGCCAAAAAGGCACUCCUUAUAUGUUUUGGCAAAAAAAACUCAGUGUACGCAGACGGCAGCGGAGAGGAAACAGCCUUUGGCAACCCAAUUGCGUACCCAGGGUCAUCCAUCCAGAUUGCGCGCUCAGCCUGCGGCAACCAUGGCAAAUCUGCAACAUGCAACGUCGCGUCCUCAACCGGUCACUGUGAAGACCCAAACAUCAAACAUGAAACAUCAAACAUCAGCAAGGAAUGCCCAGCCAGCCACAGUGAAGCCUGCACCUUCACGUGCAUUGCCCUUGAAGCCUACAGCAGGCCCAAAGCCCAAGGCAGCGGAUUUGGUCGUUGGACCUUCUGCAAAUGGGGUUGUUCAUUUGCCAAAUGUGAGGACGCAACCAUUCGAAAAGCCGGCCGUGAGUAAGCCCACCUUAAAAAUACCAGCAGUGAAACCAAAGCCCAUUCAAGGAGGUGGAGGAGGGGGAGCUGCGGGAAAAUUUAAGUCGACCGCAGUAGCAAAAGGGCCGGCAAUAAAAAACAAGCUUGCCAGCCAAUUGUCGACCAGAAUGAAGGCCAAGAGCAACGUCAGCAAGUACGUAGGUCUUCAAAAGAAUGUUUGAAAUCGGCCGGAGCUGAUGAGAGAGUUGGUUGAGGCUGGGACCACUGAACUCCCACUGCCUCCCAAUACGCCGCUGGAAGAGAAGAUAAGUUUCCCUGCUCUGGCCACAUUCACGCAGUGCAAUACGAACAAUUGCAGUCAAGAAAUGAUAGAAGCCUUGGGUGAGAUUUCAAAUCUGAGUCCAGUGAGUCCAAUGAGCAGCCACCGAGAUUCGAAAGCGAAGCGGAAAUUUGACUUUUCUAGGUACUCUUUGAUAAAAACGGCAGCUGAAGAGAGUUUGAUCUUGGAUCCAUAUCUGGCUAAGGAUCCAGAUGAUAAAGAACAAGAAAAUUCUACUCUGAAGGCAGCUGCGGAGCAAACCCCUCGCAGGAUUUCCGAUGAGAAGCCCAACUACUUAAGUCCAUAUGUGAGCGUCUCGCGCGGUAAAGUCAACUCUCGCUGUGAGCGUGAGAAGCGAAACAGCAUGUAUUUGCCCGGUGAGGAGUAUCCUGUUGCCAAUCGGCGGGCCCUCGAGUCGGUGCUCUACUUUCGCAUACAGCUGGAGAAUGAGAUUCGACGACUGCGAGAUAUCUGCAGCGAGUGGGAAGCCUAUAGCAAGGAGAAUGAGGCGCAUCUGGUUGAGACGGGCGGCAUAGAUAUGAUCAAUGUGGCCAUUGGACAGACAAAUUUGCUCUCUACCAAGAAAUUGAUGCAGUUCAGCGGUCUGAUUGACCGUUGCGGGGCGUGAGCUACGGGCAAGAACCAUCGACCCUACGAUGGCAGCGAGGAGACGAAACCCGUCCAGGCAGAGGAUCUGGAAGGGUGGUGGGACAUGCUGCGACUCCAGAGUGAGAAUGUUGACAAGCGCUUUGAUAACUUGAAGCGAUGG